CAUGCUAGAGGAUUUCCUAUUAUUUCUUGCAUGGCACAUGACUUUCUUGCUGUUCCAGCCAUGUUGGUAUUGGUGGAGCACCUGUUCUCAAAGUUGCAUCAUGUUUAUGCUGACAUGUGCUCUUUCUUGAAAGCGGCAACCAUUUCACAGCUGAUGUUUGCAAAGUUCUGGCUGUGA